AUGUUAUCACAAAUAAAGAGUUUCAACUCACUAAAUAAACAAAUAGUGAAACCAAAAACUUUUUUUGGUGGUUUAUCUUCUCGUUUUGGAAAUAGAAACUAUACAAAUUCAAUUAACAAACUUUUUUCUAAAAAUGAAACAGCACCAAAGAAAAGUAAAGAGAGAGAAGAAUUAUUAAAUAAUAUAUUUAUAGGAGCGCCAAUACAAAGAAUUUCAGUUUCAGAUAGAGUUAGAGUAGAAGUUUCAAAAGUGAAAAAUAUUAAAAGUGCGAUAAUAGAAAUUGAAGACAAAUUGGAUAUCAUUGGUCGUAGUAUUAGUAAAAGGGAAAAUUUCAUUAAAAAUUUGAAAUUUUAUUAUGAUGCAAGUAAAGCUGCCGUAAAUGAUUUUGAAAAUAAUAGAGAAAAAUAUAAAGAUAAUGAAAAUGAAGAUAUUUAUGAAUCAACAGAGAUUGAUCCAAACGAACCACUUUCUUAUAAUCUACCAAUGGAAAAAACAACAAUUGGUAAAAUUAGAAGAUUGAAACGUUUAAACAUUGAAUUGGAGGAAAAACUUAAAGUUCAACCAGUCCUUCUUGAAGAGGCUAAAAAGCUUUAUGAAUUUGUUGAAAAGGAAUUACUAAAAUCGGUUGAUAAAUAUAGAGAUAUGGUAUUUGCCACACUCCCUUUUAAACCUACACCAAAAUCAUAUUCAAGUGAAUUAGAGGAUCUAUUAUUAAAAGAAUCAAAAAAAUUAAAUGAAGAUUUUGAAGAUUCAGUUAAAGAAAAACCAUUACAUAGUUUAAUUAGUUCAAUAGCGUCACUUUUUAGAAAAGUUGAAACUGAAAUUGAAGAUUACACAACCAAAGUUGGUCAUUUAUCUUUAAACCAUCAAAAGUCCAAUUUAAAACAAGAUAUACCAAAAGAAAAUAAUAAUAAUAAUAAUAAUAAUAAUAAUAAUAAUAAUAAUAAUAAUAAUAAUAAUAAUAAUAAUAAUAAUAAUAAUAAUAAUAAUAAUAAUAAUAAUAAUAAUAAUAAUAAUAAUAAUAAUAAUAAUAAUAAUAAUAAUAAUAAUAAUAAUAAUAAUAAUAAUAAUAGUGACAAAUUAAAUUCUUCACAAAAAGACAAUAAUAUUAAAAGUAAUAAUAAAAAAAUAAAUGAAUCUCAAAAUAAAAAAUUAUUUUCAUCACCACCAAAAAAAGAUAUAUCAAGAAAUAUUAUAACAAAACCAAAAGUAAGAAAACCAAUAACAACAAAAUUAAAAACAACACGAAUGAUAGAAUCAAGAUUAUUACAAAUAGAAUCAGAAGAUAAAUCAAAAGAAAUAUCAAAUUUAAAUGAUGAUAAAGAAAAUUCAACAACAGAAAACCAAAGUUUAAUAUUAGAUAUGACUGGUAUUUUAAAGAGAAAACAUAAAUUAUCAGAUCCAAUGGAUGCAACUAUGCAAGAAUUUAAAGAAAAGUUAACAUUUGAUAGUAAUAGACUCAAUGAGCAGGAGAUGUCAGAUACGCCACCUAGACCAUUGAAAUAUAGAUUUUUUCCAGAGGUUUGUAGAUAUCUUAUUUCAACAACAAAAGAUAACUAUACCUUUUCUGAGGAUUUUAAAGAAGUAGACUAUAGAAAUAAAGAGUUGGAAUGUGUACAUAGACAUGGUUUCGAUGACAUUCCAACCUUAAAGCAUGGUUUAGAUAUAACCGUUAGAGAUAGAGGUUUAUAUUUUACCAAUGAUUUCUCUGGUAAACCAAGUUUUUCACCCUUCCUGUCACAUAUUCAUGACUUUGAUCAGUUGACACUCUCUACCAACUAUAUGAGACCAUCAGAGGAUAAAAGAUUAUUAGACAUAACAAAAGAGCAUAAAGCUAAAUAUUUAAGUUCAACUUCAUCGAUCACUUCAAUUUUAACACAUUUGUAUUUAUCUUUGGUUAAAGGAAAAGCACCAUCAUCUUCACCAUUCUCACCACCAAUCCUCACUAGACUACUUCCACUGAAAAUGGGAUUCAUUCCUUCAAUUGUAAAACCAACAUCAAUUCAUUUAACACCAUUGGAUGGUGGUAUUUGGGCUAUUGAUACCAAUUCUGGAAACAUUACUCAAGAUAAUACAAUUCUAAUGAAUUUGGGUCAUUCCAUGGAGAAGAUGUUAACAUUGGAUGAAGAAGAAUUCAAUCAAAAACUAUUAAAAUCAAAUGUUGGUGAUAAACCAGUUGAAUUCCCCGAUUCUUAUAUUUUCAGUAAAUUUGGUUCAUUAAUCUAUAGAUCUCAACUCGAUUGUAAAUCCGAUCAUUUACCAGAGGGUAGAAAUACCUUUGAUUUGAAAACUCGUUCAACCAGUUCAAUUAGAAAUAAUGCUUCUACAUCAUUCAAUUAUGUCUCUCAAAGAAUAUCUCGUUUAUCUUCAGAUAAAGACUCUUUUGAGAGUGAAUAUUUCGAUCUCACAAAAUCUGGUGCAAUCAAAUAUGCUUUACAAGCUAAAAUCGGUCAUAUGGCUGGUAUUUUCAUUUGUUACCACAACACAAAGAGAAUCUUUGGUUCCGAGUAUUUAGAUUUGGAAGAGUUGGAAAAAUCCGUAUUUUGGUCCACCGAUAUGGCUAAUCGUUCUUUUCUCAUGACAAACUCCAUAUUGGAGGAUUUAUUAAAUAGAAUCACCGAAGAAAUGGGUAGAGAAUAUCGAUUAAGAGUCACUCUCAGUGCAUUAACUGGUCAUAAAGCGAGCCAAGUAUUUGUUGAACAACUCAUUGAACCAGAUUAUGCACAUUCUAAAAUCGAAUAUCAAACAUCCGAAGAAUUAGCACGUGCCGAAGCAAAACAAAUUACAAAUCCAGUUACGAUGUAUGAACUUAAAAUCGAUUCACUUAUAAAUGAAAAAAAGGUUUUAGGUUCUCUUCAUUUUUCAGAGAACGAUAAUGUUCGUUGUUUCUACAGAAUUGUAAAACCAGAUCAUACCCAAGACGAGAUUAAAUAUCAUUAUGCCUUAGCAUUGAAAGCUUCAAAAUUGUAUUCUCAAUUUAGUAAAAUUCAAAAAAGCAGAAAUUAA